GUUUCUUUUCUUCUUUUGUUAGCAGGGAAUACACCUUUACCUGUUCCUUUGUUUACUCUUUACCACUAAGCUAGUAAAGCUUACAUUUGUAGUAAGGUCCACCUUUUAAAAGUUAUUUCCAAUGAAAUUGCUGUUUUGCUUUUUUGGAAAGGUUUGUGAUUGGAAGCACCUCGGGAUCAGGGUAUUUGCAGUUCCCCAGAAGUGGCAAAGAUUUCAUUUCGAUAGUUUAAUAAUGCUCCCUGAAGGGCCCCAACCCCCCACCUAUCGCAGCGUACGUUUCAUACAACUGCAGCUACGGACUUGCGGUGACGAUUUUAGUCUGUUAUUUUAUUUUCCUUCAGAGAUUGUUCUUCAGUGCACAGUACUCACGAAUCGCUGGUAGCCCGGGUGGCAUAGGAGCUAGGAGUGCAUGCAGUACCACCCCUGUUAAACUCCGUGCAAGGGAGCACGAAUUGUUGACGCUGAUGCGCUGCGCUGACAACACGAGGACCAGCGGUCCCUGCGCUGGAAACUGCGAGCAGGAGCCUCACGCAAGCGCCGAGGCCCGGAGGGGGCUGCGCCGUGGCGCUGUGUCGGGGGCCGCCGGGAGAGGAGAUGCCGAAAGACACUGGGCAUAUUAAUAAUUGCCCACUUGAGCUGUCGCCAAGUCCCACCCCCUAGCCUGAUGUCAGGAUUAUUCUCUCAAUCCGCACAUCCGAACGGGGAAUCCCUUUGCUCGUUACCAGCGGAUUCCGGCUCGUCGCAAGCGGAGUGCAUGCAGCAGCAUGGAGGAGGCGGAGGCGAGGCGGAGAGCCGAGCACGCCCGCUCCCUGCGGCUCCGGCUCCGGCUCCGGCUCCGGCUGCGGCUCGGCUGAGGAGGUUCGCAGCGGAGAAGCGAGCCCUGCCCCAGCCCAGAGUGAUGGUGGUGCUUGCGGGCCGCGACGAGACUGACGAACCAGCCGAUGCCAUGUCGAGCUCGGACUCCGCCGAUGAGGACUUCAGAAAACCAGCCUCCCCGAUGCCCAGCCGGUACCUGGGCAAGCCACUCUGCACGUACAGCGGUCUGCAGGAGUUCCCAGAGGUCGUGCCCCUGAACGUGGGCGGCACCUACUUCACCACACGGCUGUCCACGCUGCGCCGCUACGACGACACCAUGCUGGCGGCCAUGUUCAGUGGGCGCCACCACAUCCCCCGCGAUGCCGAGGGGCGUUUCUUCAUCGAUCGCGACGGCGCCUACUUCGGCGAUAUCUUGAAUUUCUUGCGGGCAGGAGAGCUGCCCCAGCGGGACCGCGUGAGGUCUGUGCACAGAGAGGCACAGUACUACUCCAUCGGGCCCUUGCUGGAGAGCCUGGAGCAGGUCCAGCCCCUGACCGGGGAGACGGUUCGGCAGGCCUUCCUCGACCUGCUGCCCUACUACAAGGAGAACCUGGAGCGCAUCGUGGAGAUCGCCAAGCUGCGGGCCAUGCAGCGGAAGGCGCGCUUCGCCAAGCUGAAGAUCUGCGUGUACAAGGAGGAGAUGCCCGUCACGCCCUACGAGCGGCCGCUCUUCAACUCGCUGCGCUUCGAGCGGAGCGAGAGCGAGGCCAAGCUGUUCGAGCACCACUGCGAGGUGGACGUGUCCUUCGGGCCCUGGGAGGCCGUGGCCGACGUGUACGACCUUCUGCACUGCAUCGUGAGCGACCUGGCGCAGCGCGGCAUCACGGCCGAGCACCAGUGCAUCGGCGUGUGCGACAAGCACCUCAUCAACCACUACUACUGCAAGAGGCCCAUCUACGAGUUCAAGAUCACCUGGUGGUGAAGCCGGCCCGCCUCUCGAGUCCCGGCUCCCGGCCGACAGUGGGUGGGCAGGCGUGACUGCAGCCAGCGCCCUGCUGCCUCGGUGCCAUCUGUAGAGGCUGGCUGGGGAAGGGUUGACCUCUCCAAGUGCUGCACGUUUAAAGCUUUGCAAGGCGACUGAACUCAUCUGCAGAAGCCACAGGGCGUCCAAGGACACGACACAGCAGCGGUCAGGCAGUGUGUAAUGGGACUCGGCGCUAAGACAGAACUCUGAGUCUUCUAUUUCUCUGUCUGUAAUUUAUCUGUUUGGGGGGGGUGCGGCCUCCACACCUUGUAGCUUUUAAGAAAUUCUUAUUUAUUUAUUUAUUGCUUUUUGGCUCUGUUCUCUUGAAUUAUGAGCAUUUGUGAAGACACCCGGGCCUGAGCUCAUAAACUGUAAAAAGGUAUUAGAUAUUGCAGAACAGAAGCCUGCAGCACUGUCCUUCCUUAAUGCCAUGGUCCUCUCUCCUUUUUUCCUAUCAGUAGAGCAUCAUUCUGUAAAGCUGUAAAGCUAACCUGUGAAGAGUUGUGCUUAUAUUAGCUGGAUGCAAAAAGGCAACUGAUCCAAAUGUUCUCAUAGGUUAUAUUUUUGGUAAGUUGUUCUCUUGUGCUUUUUACACAGACCUUUAUUUGUUGAUGUUUGUAGAAGCAAAGUGGACAGAACUGAUCUCCUGGCAUACCCUUGCCAUCCAUCUCCACCAAUCAGAACCAACGACUUAUAUGCAACUAGCCAAUCGGCUGCUCCGGGAGGGUGGUCAGGAGCCAAUGUGAAGUUUGGUUCUGGUUGUUGAAGACCUCCUGAGCAGCAGGAGGCAGUGUUUCCUCUAAGGCUCACUGUGAUCAUGUGAUUAUCUCACACAUCUGAUCCGAAAUCCCAUCCUGACCGCGAGUAAGGAGAGGGAACUCUGUCAUGUCAUACAAAUGGUGGUUUUGUUAGUUGUUUAUGUUGUAAUUUGAUUGACUUUUUAAUGUAAGUGUUUAUUUAAGUCUGUAGUCACUGCAAGGAUAAAGGCGAAACAGAUAA